GUCGUUUCUUCCGCGUUGAAAUCGCCAUCGUCUGUCUGCAUACAACAACUGCAGUUCACUUUGAACCACGCGCGCGCUGCCUCAUCCAUAGUCGUCGUCGUCGUCAUUAUAGUCGCCAUGGCCAGUGUGGGAUCAGUUGGGUAUAGUGUGGAAAAGAGGCCCAAAGAAUACCACCCCUAUAGCUCCAAUCUAACGGAUGGAGAACGAAGUCUCGCCAAAAAUCAGCUGGGAGAAGAUGACACCCUCCGAAGGCAGGCUUUGCAACAAAUGCGAGAAAUGAUUGCCGCCCACCCGCACAUCCGGAAAUGUCGAACGGAUCCCGCGUUUUUGUUGCGCUUUUUGAGAGCCCGGAAAUACAACUUGGCGGAAGCGAUCGAGACUCUGGAGCGGUACCUCUCGAUGCGGCAAGUGUUUCGGAUUUGGUUCGAAAAUCUGGACCCCGAGGAUAAGUACAUGAAGCAACUGCUGGCAACGGAAGGGGCGCUACCGCUGGGAGUGGACAACCGUGGCCGAAUGGUUGCGCUGGUCAAGGUUCGAAACUUUGACGCUACCAGGUAUACCUGCCAUCACUUGGGCCGAUUUACGCAUAUGGCCUUGGAGGCGUUCUACGACGAUGAACAGGUUCAAAUUGGUGGAGGGGUUGCGAUCGUUGACUGCCAAGAUGCCACAAUGGCUCAUUUCACCUUGUUCAAGCUGUCCGACAUCAGGAACUUCAUGGAGUGUUUGAAGCAUGCACUGCCCGUGCGCGUUCAGGAAGUCCAUUUGAUCGGUCUACCGCGCAUCGGGGCGGCGAUCGGUGAUCUCAUCCUCAGUUUUGCCAGUGCCGAGAUGAAGCGUUAAAUCAAUUUUCACGCAAACCUGUCCGACGCGCUCAAGCUACUGGAUGUGGACCUGUUACCCGUGGAAUACGGUGGAUCUCAGAGUGCAGCGGACGUUACCGAGAGAUUGAGGGAUCGAUUGGCGGCCAGCAGGGAAAUUUUACUGCAGUUGGAUGAGCUGGAGAUCGAUGGAGGCCCCUAUGCCGGGUUCUGGAACCAGGGCAAAGAUGAGGAUGUGGAGUUUGGGAUGGAAAUAGACUGAGCAUCGUGUCGCGUGUAUUGCCUUGCUGGCCAGUGUGUCUACUCAGAUUUCAUUAGCUGAAUAAUUUGUUUAUAGUUGUUGCGUAUAAGAUUAUCUGCAUUCACUAUUGUUAAGCGAACAUGUUAAAUAUGUUCAUCUUGUUUUCUUAUAAUAUAAUAGCUAUAAAGGUGGUUUUAUACAAGUA